UGAAAAGACAGACUAGAGACUUCGAAAAAAAUUAGGUCGAUCGGAACAUUCAUGCAAAACCUAUCAACAGAAAGCGUAUCCCAGGCCUUUUUGAAUUUUUAUUUGGAAAAACAAUCAGUACAAAAUUUAAUCCGGUAAUAACAUCGCCUUAAGACAUAAACCCACUAAGAAAUAGAUGCGUAAGGACUUGAAAUAGACUGGACAAAAGGUAACAAAUCCACUCCGAAUAGAAGGAAAGUUGAAGGAAGAUGAACUACCAAGAUAUGUACGGCUGCAAUUUCGAAUCGGAGAACGUUGGUAGGGGUAAAAACUUUGAGUUUCAGUUCCCUGAUCCGGAAUCGAUUCCGAAUGCGGUGAGGCGCCAUAACGCCAUGAGGGGCGCCGAAUUGGCCCAGUUGAAGCGCCAACGGGAAAUGGGUCGAUCCCAUGUGCCUAGCAUGCCGCGCUUCUGCAAGGUUCGUCGUCCCGGUCAGGAUGUGACCAGCAUGGUGACCUCCCGCGACCUGGACGUGGUCACCCAGCUGUCCCUCGACUUGGAGUCCAUCUGCAAUGAGGAUGCCGAUGAGGAGGACGAUGAUGGUUGCGGUGGGGUGAUCGCAACACCCUCAUACCCAGCUUCACCGCGACUCUGCGGUGGUGCUGAAUCACCGAGGAAAAUGAAGGCAAAAUCCAGGCAGGGCAGGAAAAAGAGUGCCGCAGGUAGAUUGCCAAGAAAUCGUCAUGUGGAGGCCGUGCACAGUGGCCAUACCUUCGAGAGGUUGGAGGAGCUGCAUCGGGAGGUCUGCGCGGAGCUGCAGAGCCUGGGUGGUGGGUCGUGUCCACCUAGUCCCGAGGCCACACCGCGACCACCUAGUCCAAAAAGAAGGAAUUGGGCUGGGAGGAGGCGGCAGGAGCAGCAGCAGAGGAAGACCCACCAGGAGACGCAGUCGCGGGAGGAAGGGGGCGAUAGCUCCAUGGCCGAUGUGGCUCAGGUGUCCUUCGAGGAUUACUUCACACCGCAGCCCAGGUGGGCGGACAUCAUGCCCUCGGCGAUGACGUCGCAGGCCAUCAAGGUGAAUGUUUGCCAGGCCCAGAAUGCCACGCCCUUCUCCGCCUACCAGUUCAUGGAGCAGCAUGACAGCAUGGAACCCGAGCCACUGACCCCCUUCUACCUGGAGGACAGCGAUCUGGAGCACGAGUAUGCGGAUCGGCAGGGCUACCUGCGCUACGUAGAGCCACGACCCACCUACGAGCCGACCGAUUCGGAUGAUCGAGACCCGGCCAGGAAUAAUCCCGACCAGCCAUGCUUCGUGGAAUUGGAGAGGCGACCUCACCGGAUCAGCCUGCUCAGGAGUCUCUCGCCCAUGCGGUACACCUCGCAGAGAUCGGAGAUGGAGGAUCAGGUGCCCCCCCAGGAGCCACGCAAGCCAUCGAACUCCAGGAGGGGCAACCCAAGGCAGACAGUGUUGGGUGGUGGUGGCCAGAAGUCCAACAAGAUCCGCAGAACCAAUGCUGGGGCCAAGGGAAAUCCGAAACCCUCCAACCCAAGGACCCGACGUCUUGCCAGAGUGACAGGCGGUGGCGAUGAGGUGGCUCCAAGCCCUCUGAAUCCACCAAAUCCUCCCAAUCCUUUCAAGGAGGCAGUGGCCCCACCCAUCAAGCGACGCAAACCCAAGCCCCUGGUGGUCUACAGCAAAUCCCUGGAGGAUCUGAAGUUCGAGAAGCUGGCAAUCUACAACAAGAUCACCCUCACGCAGGAGCGUAUCAUCAGUGCGCUGGACAAGCUGCAGAACAGUCUGCUGCAGCUCCAGGUGCCCCAUUGCAGUGCCCAGGAGCGCCAGAAGCGCCAGCGGAAUGCCUUCGAGUUCUGCGUCCGCUUCUCGAGGAACUUCCUCUACCCGCUGAAGGGGAUGAUCGACGAUGUGCGCUUCACGGCGGUGGCCAGCUUCAAUAGCGCCACCUCCAACGAGGCCUGCCAGAGGGUCGUCUGCGUCUACGGACUGAUGCAGCAGUCCAUCCAGACCUAUCAGAGACAGCUCCGCUACUUUCUGCUCGAGAAGGUGCCCCAGAAACUGAGCGCCCUCAUCGAGAUGAUCUACACGAUGACCAACUGCUGCCUGGACAAGGGGAUGCUGGAUCGCCAUGAUCCGGUGGUGGAGUGUCUGCAGGAGCGGUGCACCCGGUUCCUCAGCUUCAUCGAGGACAUGCAGGAGGAGCGCUUCAAGUUGGCCCGCGAGGCGUUGAGGCGUCUGCACAAGCAUCAGGGUCACCAGGUGACCACCAGCACCAUUAAAAAGAGGAAGAAGCUAUCGAGUCCCCCAAGAGCACCAACUCAGCCCAGGCAGGAGAAGCUGCGCUGCCACGAGCGCUACGAUCUCAAGAUGUGCCUGAAUGAUCUCAAGCUGUACGAACCGCGUCUGGUGCCCAAGGAGCGUCAGCAGGCGGAGAAGCGCCAUCGGGUGCGUCGCCCGAGGAACUCUCCAAAUGUGACCACCGGAGCAACGGGAGCUCCAACGACUGGUGGCGUGGAACUGCCCUACGAUCUGGAACCGCAAUCCCUUGGCGGCGACGAUAUGCAAACUCAAAUACAGAUGGCCGGCGAUGGGAUCACCACCACCAGUUCCCUGAGCAUGCUGCCCUCUGGGGGCCCUGGAGAUCGGGGUCUCGCGAUUGGGGAUACUGCCACCCAACAGGGAAUCGACGAGGAGCAACUGCAUCGGGCCUUGCUGGACGCGCUGCACCUGGUGUCCCGUUCGCAGGUGCAACAGGUGCUCGAUCCUCUGAUGCGAUCGCUGGGCGUCAUCCUGGGCGAUAAGCUAGCCGAGGGAGAAGGGGUCCACCACAACCAGUAGGCUCCAUCCAUACCAUCCAUUCAGCACCUAGACAAUAUCACAAAUUGUUAAGCUUCCAAAUUGCUUAAUCCUUAUCCCCGCUGGUCUUCACUAAACUAUAAAGCUAAAUUGUCAAGUAUUGGUAGUGCAAAUAAAAUGCUAAUUUUGAACGAAUAUCUCAAAUAAA